AUGGCCAGCUCCGUCACACAUGACAGAGAACAAUUGAGAUUCAAAAAUACUUACCUCUUUGGGAAAUAUUCGAUGAGCUAUUGGCCUUGUGAUGAACUCGAAACAGUAGCACUGUUGUUUGCAGUUGCGAAGAUCUGCAUCCCAGGUGCCGGCCUGCUCAAUUUAUAUGUUUUCUGGGUAUUCGAAGGAGUGCUGCGAGAUAAAGACCAGGAAUCCUGCGUGGUGUUGCCACAUGGGGAAAACGCCGCGCGAGAAAGCAAUCAUAAAGCCUUACAAGUUACUGGCACAGGAUGUCACUGCUGCCAGUCUGGUGAUGGGUGCCCCUCGUCUAGCAUCGAUGGAAAUGGGCGCAGAAGCUGGAUUUCCGGUCCCGGCUGA